AUGUCAUUAGAGGAGUUUCUGGGAGAUGAAUCUCUAGGAGCGUCCGUGUGGGACGAAAGUGAUAUUAACUUAGACGCCAUAACCAACACGACAAACAUUGAUCUGUUCAGACAGGCUAAAAACAAGUCUAAUGACGCCAGGGGCCACAACCCAUCUCACAAUAGCAACAACAAUAAUUAUCAUAGAGAUCCUCACGCAUUUAAUGAUGUCGAAGAUAUCGAGAAUAACGGGAGUAUGCCAGGCCCACCGUAUAUUGUGAAGUUUUCAAAUUUGCCACCAAAGUUUUCUAAUCGCGAUAUCGAAGAAUUAUUCCAGGCUAAAUUCACUAAAUUCAUUAAAUUUAAACUGUUUUGGGAAUUGAACGUGAAUCCUUCUAUUGAAACAAUGAAGAACGGUACUGAGUUCGAACAGAAUUUCAAACUUGAAUCUAAAGUCGCAUUCGUGGAAUUAUAUACCGCUAGAGAUUUGCAAAAAAUUGCUAAUUUUUGGAAAGAACCACUAAGAGAUAUUUAUAAUAUUAAUACAGAAAUAGCCAUAUUUGAAAAUUUUAAAGAAUAUAUUUCAAAAGCGGAUUUAUUAAAGAAUGACCCUCAAAUCGAUGCUGGGAGACCCUUUAUUGAACACAAACACAAACCUAGUCCCUUUGGUUCUGCAAAACCUACCGAUACUCAAUCAGUGACUCUUGAAAUCGAAAAAAAGAUGGACGAAUUACAUGUCGAGGAUACUACUACUUUGAGAAGAUUAUCUCAAAAUGAAGGAGAGUCUGCACCCUUAGCAUCGUUAGUAAGACAAUCAGAUCCACUAAUCGAUAAUCAUCAUCAUGAUGCUUCUGUUGAAAAACCAAAAAUCACUAUAUUAAAGAAACCAACUCUAAGUUACUCUGAAGUAUUACAAAAAUCCGUAGAAGAGACAAAGAAACAUGGUUCAGCUUCUCCAACACAUUCUUAUUAUCAAUCGACAGAAUCAUCUCCUAUGACUACUACGAAUUUAGCGGAUUCUGCCAUUGAAGAUGAUGAAACACAGGCUAAUACUGAUAAUACCUCAAAUGCAAUUAAUGAUAAUGUAGAAGGAUCAAAGACUACAGAAACUGGUAGUAAUGAAACUAUGGCAGACAGUUCAGACGCAACACAAUUCAAAGAUAAGGACAACGAUAGAUCAGGAAAUAACAAUUCUUACAAAUCUAGAAGAGGUGGCUAUACUAAUCGAGAAAGAGGCAGUAGUAGAGGAGGGUACCAUAACAAUCGUGGCGGCUAUAACAGUGAUAGAGGUGGCAGAGGCGGUUACAAAUCGUACUCUAAUAAUAACGAUAACUUCAACAAGGGAUCAAAGUACUCAAGGGAUCAAAAUGAUAACAACUCCUCUUCCGAAAGAAAAGAAAAAAAUGAAAAGGCAGAUUCCCAAAGUUAUUCCCUUUUCAAACCUGCUAGUAGUUUCUUACACAAUGAAAGCUCUUCAAAUAAUGACGGUAGAUCUUCAAAUAACGAUCAUCGUGGAUACAAUAACAAUCGUGGCAAUGAUCGUGGUCAUGGUCGUGGCCGCGGGGGUCGUGGAGGUAGAGGACGUGGCCGUGGUGGAUUCAACCGUGGAGGACAUUCUAAUUUCAGAGGUCAAUCAGAUUGA